AUGGACCAGCUCUCUUCAGUUCCCAGCUCAAUUGCUGAAAGCAUUGAGCCAACCUUGAAAAUUUACCUUCCGCUUCUCAACAAGAACUCAACGGCCAUUAAAUCAACUUUGAGGAAAACAUUCUCUUAUGGCCCAAACCAUCGCAACAACCUGGAUAUCUAUUAUCCCGCUAAUAAACCCACUGGGGCUGGGUGCCCUGUCUUCAUUUAUACAUAUGGAGGCGGCUUCACUCGAGGAGACAGAGCCUCUGAAGAUCAUCUACUCUACCAAAACCUCGGACACUUCUUUGCCGAGAAAUGUGGAUUCGUCACUGUCAUUCCGGACUAUCGCCUUGUACCAGAGGCACGAUUUCCUUCUGGCGGACAAGAUAUCGAGAUGGUUGUGAAGUGGCUCAUAGAAAACAAUCACAAGAUUGGAGGCUCACAUCCAAGACCAUUGUUCAUGAUGGGCAACUCUGCUGGUGCUGUUCAUCUUUGCACAUUCUUGCUGCACCCUUCGUUCGCUGAGCUUCGCAGCAAGAUCACAAGUAACAGCGAUACUUGCCCCCUGCGGCUCAAGGCUGCUGUCUUUUGCUCGAUGCCGACGUCAUUCCGCGACCCCCGCCCUUAUCGGGCUCCUGUUCUUGCAACCUACUAUGGACAAACGAUGGAGCAGGACUGCCCCCUCGGACUUCUUGAGGCCUGUAACAAAGAUAAGAACAUUUCGAAUGUUGCACCUGGGGUCCAGUUCCUUCUGUUAUAUGGAUCCCUUGACCCCGAAGAUGAGAUUUUGGCCUGCAACAAGGAGUUUAUUGAGCUUUGGCGAUCGGGUCAGGGAAGCAAGGGAGUAGAGCUCGAAGUCCAGGUUAUGGAGGGCCACAACCAUAUCUCGCCUCCGCCAGCUCUCGGUACUUAUAUCUCGAGAGAGGAGGUCUGGGGCUUUAACGUAGCUGGUUUCUGCAACGCAGCAGCUCGAAGCUGA